AUGCGCCCCUACAAGCACUAUGAAGCGGAGGAGGUGCCGGAUCUGGACAUGCAUCUCACCGUGCACUCCGCCACUCUCCCCCGCUAUGAAGUGGAGCAGGUCUCAGACCUGGACAUGCAUCUCACCGUGCACUCCGUGUCCGCUAAGGUGCGCUCUCUCCCUUGCACCCACCCUCACUCACCUCGACUUCAUCGCCUUCUGAUGCGCGCUUGCCUUUGCUCCCACUCACCUUCUUUGUCUUCUGCUUACACGCCUUGCUCGCUAGUUGUGAUCAUCUUUUCUCUUAACACCGCCGUCCGUGUGUGUGCUACUGCCAUCAGUGCCACUGCCUUUGGAGAACUGGCCAAUCAGUCGGGUGUUUUCCUCCAUCUGUUGCAUCUGCUCGACUUUGUCUUGACCUUCUGGCGCCACACGGCCGUCAUCACUGCCACGUCAGCACCAUCCACCGCGCCAGCUGUCGCCGCGGAACGCCUCUUCUCCCAACCCAAAUCCACGCUGGCAGCAACGGCCGCACUGACAACUGGCGCCGCGCUACUGGACCUGGUUCUCCUGGGGGGCAGCGUGCCUUGGCUUUUCCACUUGGCGUCAACCGCAUGGUGGAUGACAGUUGGUGCGCUCUCAUUGGCUGCUGGGUGGCUUGCCAGGGUGUCCCCUCGGCUCGCUAUGAUUCGUCGGGGCGUGCAGCACGCUAGGGAGGUGGCUAAAGUGGCAACAGGAGGGGGGCUGUGGGGGGAAGGAGGGGGGAUGGAGGAGGAGGUGGAGGAGGAGGAGGAGGAGGAGGAGGAGGAGGAGGAGGAGGAGGAGGAGGAGGAGGAGGAGGAGGGGGGUGAGUUUAGCAGGGCGGAAAGGGGAGAGGCGAGAGGGCGAGGGGCGGGAGGAGGUGAAAGGCAUGAGAGUCCAUUUGAGAACCCGUUUGAUGGAUUCCCAGGGUUUGGUAACUUCCGGGUCUUCCGCCGAGCCUUCGUCAGUCCGGAGGAUGUGUGGAGGGAAUUUGAACGCAUGGCUCGGGGAGGAGCCUCGUCCUGGCCUGGUGGCAGCUUCGGCAGCAGCAGCUACCAACGCACUCAGCAACAUCAGCAGCAGCAGCAGCAGCAGCAGCAGCAGCAGCAACGGCAACAGCAGCAGGGAUCAAGGCAGACAAGAUCAGGUUGGGAUAGCUCAUAUCCCAAGGGGUACUAUGCUGCUCUGGAACUGGCCGGCAAAGGGCGACAAGCGAGUCAGCAGGAGAUCAAAUCUGUGUUCCUCCAGCUGGCAAUGGAGACACAUCCAGACAGGCAGCCUGACGAGGGGAAGUGGCGGGCGGCAGAGGAGCGGUUCAAGAGGAUUGCAGAGGCGUACGAGGUGCUGCGGGAUCCCAGCAAACACAGUGCCUACGACAGCGGUGCGCUUGCAAUGUGGAGUGUGGGGAAUGGACAGGAGCAUGCAGACAAGGGGAUGAGGCGGGCGGCGGAAGAGCAGUUCAAGAGGAUUGCGGGGAUCCCGCAUAUCAUGUGCACUGUGCUGUGGGAUCCCUCCAAGCACAGUGUCUAUGACAGCGGGGUGCUGUGA